UUCCGUUACUCUUCUCCCUUCCUCGGGCCGUUGCAACUGCAGGCCAGUGACUGCCAUUGCAGCCUUUUAAGCUUUGCAGUCUGAUCAGAGUUCCUGCUCCAAGCCGCAUUUGCCGUGUCUCAUAACCUGGCUUUUCCGGGUGGUGCCCAGGACACCUCUCCUUUCUGGCCCGUUGGAGCUGUGGCUUCGUUGCGAUACAUCCCCGGUAUAGCAGCAUUUACCAGCCAAACUCCCCGUUGAACUGCUAGCACAAUGCUACGCCUUACUCAGACGGUCAUCUCUUUGACCAUGGCAGAGGUGAGGGAGGUCGAGAACCGCCGUCGAUUCCAGAAAUUCUUGGCAGCGCAGCCUCCCGUAACCCAGCCAGAUCCAGUUGCGAGAGAGGCGUCCCAAGAACCAGUGACUCGGGCUGGCAAGUCGGCCAGGUUCUCCCCAGAGGUGGGUAACGACAAACAGAAAGAGGCAACUAUCUCGCGGUCUAGGGAGCGCCUUCGCACGAUAGAUCCGCCGAACGAGUCGACCUCCGAACAGAGAAGGGAGGAGGAGAUCCUGCCACUACCCGAGCUGCCCCGUAGACGAGACAUCCGGCAGGACAUGGGUGACGGCCCUGCCGACGGCCUUGACUCAAUCGCUAGGUCUUCGAGCGCCAGGCGCCUUUCGCUGACGCCCAGACGUCUCGCGCCGGCCGAGAUGCUUGUCAGUCCGCGCCGCGAGCCAGACACAUCGGACCUUGACAGUACUCCAACUCCCCGGCGAACGAGAGAGCAGACGCGGGCAAGAUAUGGUUUAUCGACUCCAUCGGGACGGACUGCUGUUCCGGAUCCAGUGAACGUACCGGAAGAUUUGGUUCAUCCCGAUCCAGUGCAUCAGGUACCUGGACAAGAAGUCUCCACACCAGACCGUCAGUCAUUUCUACGGCGUGCCGAAAGUCUCCGUUCUCUUGCUCAUCUCCGGGAAGCCGAAGGCAGCAGUAUGAGAUUUUAUCAUUCUUUGAGAGACGAACGCCAUGAUCCACCGAUCCAACCGACUCUGCAGAGCAGCCCGCGUUCGUCGCCGUUAUCGAUGCCUAGGAGCCCCGUCGGUUUCCAGAUUUACGAUGAUUCUCUCCCGGCUUCGUCGCAGCCACAGACCCCACAGAAUCUGCCAGAGACCCGUCAUCAGAGCCGUCUGAGCGGUUCUUACACGGUACCUGCUCGGCGUCUACCUCCAUACCCGCUCGGCACACCUACGACAGGCCGGUUGCGGCGGAGGGCCAGAGGGCGCCAUCUAAGCCCGCCUGGACUGCAAACGCCCGGGUUCAGGGGUUUAUAUGGAGGAAUCGAGAACACAGACGACUCGGUCUUGUUUGAGCAGGCAUCGAGAGAGUUGGACUCUGGAGGAUCCCAUGCGGAGCCGCCGCCAUCACCGCGAAUCACUUGAAGAUGCAAGGAGCCUCCAAGGAGUCACAGGAGGUAUAGUAGCAGCGAGACGGGGAGUCUUCACGCGAGAUGGGGGGUCCUCACGCGAGAUGGGGGGUCCUCACGCGAGACGGCAGAUGUAAAUAUUCCUAAAGUCAAAAUAUGGCUUUGCUUC